AUGGUAUUGAAGGAUAUUACCGCUGAGAAUUCUGACGAGACUGCGGCCGUAACUGACAGUCCGAAAGUGGGCGUGCGACAUUUGCAGAGCAUGCUGAUAUUCUCCGGUUUCUGUGUAGCGUUUAUGCAGCGAGCCAAUCUCUCAGUGGCCAUUGUGGCAAUGAUGGAUCGCAAUUCCACAAAUCCAGAUUUUCCGGAGUAUGAGUGGUCGGAGCAAACAAAGUCAUUGCUGCUGAGCAGCUUCUUUUGGGGUUACGUCCUCAUGCAGAUACCAGGCGGUCAGCUGGCGCAGCGUUUCGGCGGUAAAGUAAUGUAUCUCUACGGUGUCGGUAUUUCUGGAUUUCUCGCCUUGUUUACACCCUUAAGCGCACAACUGGGCGAUUGGCAAUUCAUUUGCGCCAUACGAUUUCUGCAAGGCUUCUGUCAAGGUUCCCUAUAUCCUUCGGGGCAAAUUAUUUUAGCUCGAUGGGCGCCGCCAGCUGAACGCGGUAUACUUGCAACACUYUGCUWUUCCGGCYCRCAAUUYGGCACRAUCAUCAUAUUGAGUAUUAGUGGCACAUUAGCKGCUUCAAAGUWUGGKUGGCCSAGCAUUUUCUAURUUUCCGGCRGUUGUGGUAUUAUCUGGUSKUUKGUGUGGCUGCUGUGGAGCGCUGAUGCACCGCAUCAAUCCAAAUUAAUCACACCCAAGGAGCGAAAUUACAUCGAAUCAGAAUUAGCAGUGAUUUCUAAGAGUGAGAAUAAUAGCACCUCGGCAAAGUUGCCCACACCUUGGUUGAGUAUACUCACAUCCCUGCCGUUUUGGGUGCUACUCCUCUGCAAUUGUGCCUACAAUUGGGGCUAUUGGACAAUGAUGACACAAAUACCCUCGUACAUAAAGAAUGUGUUCGACAAGGAUAUCCARAGUAAUGCCUUGCUCUCCGCUCUGCCAUAUACCGCUAAUYUAGUAYUCGGUCUGUGUUUCUGUGCCCUCGGUCAGGUAUUGCUGUCAAAGAAAGUGUUGAGCACGAACGCUAGCCGUAAGAUCUUCAACACGAUCGGCAUGUGGACUCCGAUGACGGCCACUAUAGCGCUGGGGUUUGUCGACGCUGAUAAUGUUGAUUUGGCUGUUAUCUUACUAGCUGUGGGUGUUGGCACCGACUCAGCAACAUUUUUAGGUUAUCUUUUGAACCAUAUGGACUUAUCACUGAAUUUCGCCGGCGCUAUGAUGGGCAUUACAAAUUGUGCAGCUAAUGUGAUGAGCAUUUUUGCACCGUUACUUGUUGGCGUCAUUGUGACAGAUACGACAAAUCCAAAUCAGUGGCGUUUUAUUUUUUACAUUAUGGCUGGAUUCUAUUUUAUUGCCAAUUUACUGUUUAUAACUUUGGGUAGCACUAAAUUGCAAUCGUGGAACGAGCCUGCGAAACGAGACAUAGAUGGUGGCCAAGAAAUCGUUGAAUGAAGAAGCCAUCUACAUUUCAAAUAAGGGUAGCUGUUGGAAUAUUAUUCCUUUUUUUUGUAUUUUUGCUUGAGUUUAUCUUUUUUUUCAUUUUGUUCUUUUGUUUCAUUUUUAUUCACUCGAAAUUAUCAAUUUUGUUAUCAGUCGGUAUCAGUAUCACAACUGAAUUCCUAUCUU